AUGGUUUCUGGUGCUUCAUAUUGGAUGACUUCUCUUUCGUGUUCUUCAAACUCUGUUGUGGCGGAGGACGCCUCAGGAAUUUCAUUCGUACUCCAAUGGCUGAGGUUCAUCUUCCUCACUCCCUGCCCUCAAAGGGCGCUUUUAUCCUCCAUUGAUGUCCUGUUCUUGUUUAUCCUCUUCGUUUUUGCUAUUCAAAAGCUGUAUUCAAGAUUCACCUCCGCCAGCAAUGGCCACUCCGCCAACGAAGAACCUCUUAUUCCUAAAAGUAGAGUACUUGUCAAUACCAAUGUUUGGUUUAAGAUAUCUCUGCUCGUGACAUCCAUUUUGGUGGUUCUAUCUAUUGUUUCGUCUAUUUUGGCAUUCACACGAAAUCCCCUGGUGCCAUGGAAGCUAGUGGAUGGAAUCUGUUGGGUAAUCCAAGCUGUAACUUUCCUUGUAAUCACAGUGUUGAUCAUCCACGAGAAGAGAUUUCAAGCCUCAACGCAUCCGCUCUCCCUCCGUGUUUUCUGGGUAGUAAAUUUCAUCAUCGUUACUUUAAUGGCUGCUUCUGGUAUCGCCCGCCUAGUUUCUGGCACCAGAAACACUACACCUUUGAAAUCCGAAGACAUAGUUUCAUUGACAUCUCUACCAUUUUCGAUUUUCCUCUUAAUUCUUUCCAUAACUGGCUCAACCGGAAUCAUAGUGAAAACAGAAUCAGAAUCACUGAACGGAAAUGGAAAUGGCAAUGGCAAUGGUAAAGUUUCAGAGGGUGAUGAGCUGAGCAAGUCGAUAAAAGUGAGUGGAUGGGCAUCCGCUUCAAUCCCAUCAAAAAUCUUUUGGCUGUGGAUGAACCCAUUGUUGCAGAAAGGGUACAAGAGCCCCCUAAAACUGGAGGACAUCCCAACACUUUCACCCGAACACCGGGCAGAGAAAAUGGCCAAGCUUUUUGAACAGAAUUGGCCUAAGCCUCACGAAAAUUGUAAACAUCCUGUUCGAGUCACAUUGCUUCGUUGUUUCUGGAAACAUGUUGCCUUCACUGCGUUUCUUGCCAUUAUAAGGCUCUGUGUUAUGUAUGUCGGACCUCUGUUGAUCCAAAGAUUCGUGGAUUUCACCUCAGGGAAGAGCACCUCCCCAUACGAGGGGUACUAUUUGAUACUAAUCCUUCUUGUUGCGAAAUUCAUUGAGGUUUUGUCAUCCCACCAGUUCAAUUUCAAUUCUCAGAAGCUGGGCAUGUUAAUCCGGUCCACCCUUAUAACUUCGCUUUACAAAAAGGGGUUACGGCUCUCUUGCUCGGCUCGACAGUCUCAUGGUGUUGGACAGAUUGUGAACUACAUGGCAGUAGAUGCUCAACAGCUGUCAGAUAUGAUGCUUCAAUUGCAUGCUAUCUGGCUUAUGCCACUCCAAGUGUCGGUGGCAUUAGCCAUUCUUUACUCCUACCUUGGUACGCCCUCCUUGGUAGCUUUGGUCGGCCUGGUGGCAGUUAUCAUUUACGUGGUUCUGGGAACCAAAAGGAAUAACAGGUUUCAGUUCAAUAUAAUGCAAAACCGUGACUCGAGGAUGAAAGCCACCAACGAGAUGCUUAACUACAUGAGGGUGAUCAAGUUCCAAGCAUGGGAGGAACAUUUCAACAAGAGGAUUCAGGCGUUUCGUGAGUCUGAAUACGGGUGGCUUACCAAGUUCAUGAUCUCCAUUGGUGGAAACAUGAUCGUUUUGUGGAGCUCCCCUUUGUUUAUCUCUUCGCUCACCUUUGGGACUGCAAUUUUGCUUGGGAUCCCACUUGAUGCAGGGACGGUGUUCACUGCCACAUCACUGUUCAAGAACUUGCAGGAGCCGAUUCGAACUUUCCCUCAGUCAAUGAUCUCCCUCUCUCAGGCCAUGAUCUCGUUGGGGAGAUUGGAUGGGUUCAUGUUGAGUAAGGAGUUGGAUGAGGGGGCGGUGGAGAGACAGGAGGGUUGCAGUGGCCCGACAGCAGUUGAGGUUGAAGAUGGGUCUUUUAGCUGGGACGAUGAAGCUGCCGAAGGAGGGGUUGUCAAGAAUUUGAACUUUACCAUUAAAAAAGGUGAACUUGCAGCAAUUGUUGGGACUGUAGGUUCUGGGAAAUCAUCUCUUCUUUCAUCCGUUAUUGGCGAAAUGCACAAAAUCUCCGGGAAGGUGAGGGUGUGUGGAAGCACUGCAUAUGUUGCACAAACGGCAUGGAUACAGAAUGGGACAAUCCAAGAAAACAUUCUGUUCGGUCUGCCAAUGGAUAAACAGAAAUACAAGGAAGUAAUCAAGACUUGCUGCUUGGAGAAAGACUUGGAAAUGAUGGAAUUCGGAGAUCAGACUGAAAUCGGAGAGCGUGGGAUUAACCUGAGUGGCGGUCAGAAGCAGAGGAUUCAACUUGCCCGAGCCGUUUAUCAAGAUUGUGACAUCUAUCUUCUUGAUGAUGUCUUUAGUGCCGUAGAUGCUCACACUGGUUCCUCAAUAUUCAAGGAGUGUGUGAGGGGAGCCCUGAGAAACAAGACAAUCUUGCUCGUUACCCACCAAGUUGAUUUCCUCCAUAAUGUUGAUCAAAUAUUGGUGAUGCGAGAUGGCAUGAUUGUUCAAUCAGGAAAGUACGACGAGCUACUAGAAUCUGGCCUGGAUUUUAAGGCUCUAGUAUCCGCCCACGACACCUCUAUGCAACUGGUAGAAAUGGAGGCUACAACAUCUGAAAGCCCCUCCCCAAGACCUAUUCAGAAGUCUCCUAGCCAUAACCCAAGGGAAGAAGAUGACAAGGCUUUAGAAAGAUCCAAGUCUAGUUCUGUCAUAGGCACAUCAAAACUGAUCGAAGAAGAGGAGAGGGAAACCGGAAGGAUCAGCUUAAGUGUCUAUAAAGUGUACCUGACUGAGGCUUUUGGAUGGUGGGGUGUGAUUGCUGUUUUGUUUUUCUCAUUCUUAUGGCAAGGCGCACAGAUGUCAAGUGACUACUGGUUGGCCUAUGAAACUUCUGAGGACCGAGCAGCCUCUUUCAACCCCUCAUUGUUUAUACAAGUUUAUACAGCGAUAGCCGGUCUGUCCUUUCUUUUGGUAUUUGGCAGAGUCAUUUCUUCAACAAUCCUCGGGCUGAAAACCUCCCAGAGUUUCUUUAAACAGAUACUUCACAGCAUCCUUCAUGCUCCAAUGUCGUUUUUCGACACUACACCUUCAGGAAGGAUUCUUAGUAGGGCAUCAAGUGAUCAAACAAACAUCGAUGUGUUCCUUCCAUUUAUGAUGAGCCUGACUCUUGCUAUGUACAUAACAGUGAUUAGCAUUAUCAUCAUCACUUGUCAGUAUGCUUGGCCAACCGUGUUCCUACUGGUUCCAUUGGGUUGGCUCAAUUUCUCGUAUCGGGCGUACUAUCUUGCAACAUCUCGUGAAAUAACGCGGCUUGACUCGAUCACAAAGGCACCCGUUAUUCACCAUUUCUCGGAGAGCAUCUCUGGGGUUAUGACAAUUCGGUGUUUCAGAAAGCAGGACAGGUUUGUUCAAGAAAAUGUUGAUCGUGUGAAUGGAAACCUGAGAAUGGAUUUCCACAACAAUGGAUCCAACGGGUGGUUAGGUUUCCGUUUGGAGUUCAUCGGAAGCUUAUUUUUAUGUGUUUCGACUGUGUUUAUGAUCAUCUUGCCUAGCAGUAUCGUUAAACCAGAAAAUGUCGGAUUAUCACUAUCAUACGGAUUGUCACUCAAUGGGGUGCUGUUUUGGGCUUUAUACAUGAGCUGCUUUGUGGAAAACCGUAUGGUUUCUGUUGAGAGGAUUAAACAGUUCACCAACAUACCAUCAGAAGCUGAAUGGGUGAAGAAAGACAGCGCUCCUCCUUCAAAUUGGCCUUCACAUGGCAAUGUGGAGGUCAAAGAUCUGCAGGUUAGAUAUCGUCCAAACACGCCCUUGGUGAUCAAAGGGAUCACGCUGAGCAUUAGAGGAGGUGAAAAGAUUGGUGUGGUUGGUAGAACCGGAGGUGGGAAAUCAACUCUAAUCCAGGUUCUGUUUAGGUUGGUGGAGCCUUCUGGUGGAAGCAUAAUCAUUGAUGGCAUCAACAUCUCCACCCUCGGACUCCAUGAUCUCAGGUCUCGGUUUGGGAUCAUUCCUCAGGAACCAAUCCUUUUUGAAGGCACUGUGAGAAGCAAUAUCGACCCUAUUGGCCAACAUUCUGAUGAAGAGAUUUGGAGGAGUCUUGAACGAUGCCAACUUAGUGAUGUUGUAUCUUCAAAACCUGGUAAACUAGAUUCUGCAGUUGUGGAUAAUGGGGAUAACUGGAGCGUGGGACAAAGGCAACUUCUUUGUUUGGGGCGGGUGAUGCUGAAGCACAGCAGGUUGUUGUUCAUGGACGAAGCAACGGCUUCUGUGGAUUCACAAACAGAUGCUGUCAUUCAGAAGAUCAUACGAGAAGACUUUGCCGACUGUACCAUCAUUAGCAUUGCUCACAGAAUUCCCACCGUCAUGGACUGUGACCGUGUUCUUGUCAUCGAUGCAGGUUAUGCUAAAGAAUUUGACAAACCUUCACGCUUGAUCGAGAGGCCUUCACUCUUUGGGGCAUUGGUUCAGGAGUAUGCUAACCGCUCCUCUGGUGUAUGAACACUUGAAUGCUUCUGGCUGGCUUGAAGUUUUGGUGAUGACACUGGGUUGGGUUUAUGUCCUUAAUUUUUAGAGAAUAUUAAGCUCGUCGUAUAAUAUAAAAAUGGUUUAAUAUGUGUUUCUAUUAUUUAGUGUAAUUUAGAUGCAUCUAAAAAAUGCAAUUUGACUGCAAGGUUGUCGGUUAAUGCCCAAGGAUGGGACGUUAGAGCGCAAAAUGCUAGUUAUAUAAUUUCUGAUAAAUUUUUUAGAGUAAAAAAUUACAUAAAAGAUUCCAUUGUACUGUGAAAUAGACAACUUUGGUCCAACUUUUUUUUUUGUUACAUCGGUGGUCCCUGUGUUAAGCUUAUUGUAGCGUCCAUCGACACUGUUUAUCUUCUGAUGUUUAAAUUUUUAAUCCCCUUCACGUGCCUACCAUUUUCUUUUCUUAAUCUCCCAUCUCUUUGUUAAUUUUGAAAACCCCUCUAUCUACCGUCCUCUUCAUUAAGACCUACAAAUACUGUCUCCUUUCUUUUCUUUUCCUUAAAAUUGAAUCCAACAAUGGUUGUUUGUGUGUGGUCGAAGAGCCAUCAUUGUGACUUCUUAGACAAACAACAACCUAUGUCUAAGGAUAUGCUUGUGUUCAAAACAAGGAUCAAAGUUCUCAUUCAUAGGUAGGGUAGACCCAAUAAUGUGCAUAACGGAUAUCAUCUCAUACUUGUUGUCGUGUAAUUGAAUAGUCGCUAAAAGAAGUUUUGAAGCAAGGAAGUACAAGAUUAUGUUCAUAGCUAGUUGGAUUUUUUUUUUCUGGAUUAU